ACUUCGAGCGAUAGCAAAAGACUAGCGCAGCUAAACAAUUGCUUCGAGCGUUCGUCGCGGGCGUGAGCACCGAUCAAUUUCAGUUAUAUGGGAGAAGUGUUUGCGUUAAGUGCUAGUAGCGGAGAAACUACAUAAACAGUGGAAGCUAGCAAAAUAUAAAGUGAUUUUAUACGUAGAUACAUACAUACAUCGAUUUUCCUAAGUUGUAUAUAAAAAAAAAUUUUAACGCAAUCUUAGAACAUCUAAGGGCAGUAGUUUCAGAGACAUUUCUUCCACUCACUCAAUAUGUUCUCAAAAUUAUCAACCAAACUGGCGGCAGUGCGCUGCAUGAGCAGCCAACAGCAUAAGCUCCAGCAGAUGGCACAAAAAGUGACAUCACAACAAGUUUUUGACCGUGAAAAUAAAUACGGUGCGCACAAUUAUCAUCCCCUGCCGGUGGCAUUGACACGCGGCGAGGGUGCUUACGUUUGGGAUGUUGAGGGUAAACGUUAUUACGACUUUCUAAGUGCCUACUCAGCCGUCAAUCAGGGUCAUUGUCAUCCAAAAAUUGUGCAUACUCUAACAGAGCAGGCGAAAAAACUCACGUUGACAUCCAGAGCCUUCUACUCAGAUGUCCUAGGCGAAUAUGAGGAGUUCAUCACAAAACUUUUCAACUAUGACAAAGUUUUGCCAAUGAAUACCGGUGUUGAGGGUGGUGAAACCGCUUGUAAAAUCGCACGUGCUUGGGCGUACAUGAAGAAAAAGGUGCCAGAAAAUCAAGCAAAGAUACUUUUCGCUGAGAAUAACUUCUGGGGUCGCACGUUGUCCGCCAUUUCCGCGUCGACCGAUCCAUUGAGCUAUGAAAACUUUGGACCGUACAUGCCUGGUUUCGAGAUCAUCAAAUACAAUAAUACAGAUGCGUUGGAGAAAGCGCUACAAGAUCCCAAUGUCUGCGCCUUCAUGGUCGAACCUAUACAAGGUGAAGCUGGCGUUGUCGUACCUGAUGCUGGUUACCUACGCAAAGUUCGUGAAUUGUGCACGAAAUAUAAUGUUCUCUGGGUGGCCGAUGAAGUCCAGACGGGACUGGCGCGCACCGGACGCAUGCUAGCCGUUGAUUAUGAAGAAGUUAAGCCUGACAUACUCAUAUUGGGUAAAGCGCUAUCAGGUGGCCUGUAUCCCGUUUCGGCUGUGCUAGCGGAUGACCCAGUUAUGGAAUGCAUACAACCUGGUCGUCAUGGUUCUACUUAUGGUGGCAAUCCAUUGGGUUGUAAGGUGGCAAUUACUGCGCUGGAAGUGUUGCUGGAAGAACGUUUGGCGGAGAAUGCUGAGAAAAUGGGGAAUUUACUACGCAGUGAACUAAAUACUCUACCUAAGGAUAUUGUAAGCAUUGUGCGCGGCAAAGGUCUGCUCAAUGCUAUUGUGAUUAAUAAAAAAUUCGAAGCAUGGGACAUAUGCCUGAGAUUGCGUGAUAACGGUCUGCUCGCCAAACCCACACAUGGCGACAUCAUACGCUUCGCCCCUCCACUCAUUAUUACAGAAGAGCAAACACGCGAGUGCGCUGAGAUCAUAAAGAACACAAUACUGAGCGUUUAAGUGAACAAUGGAAAUAAAAGCUGUUUUAUAUACCCGGUAUUAAAUACCGAUUUUUGUAGAUUAAAGAUUGAAUGCGAAAUUUAGGCAAUGAAGUAAAUUUACGGUGACAUUGUACAAUAAAUUUUUUUAUGGAAAAAA